GGGAAUUUGGAAUAAAGAAAGAGAGCCUAAGUUUGCUCCCAAUUAUGUGCGCAUAUAGAGACAGCACAGCUCGGCGUUGCCCUUGGUAGGUGUGCAACUCACCUUUACUUUAUUAGGAGAUUUGUCUGAAGGUUAGGUGUUGUGGGUUAUGUGGCGGCACCAGAAUCUCCACCCUCUCACCUUUCUCGUUCACAUUUUUAAAACAAAACACCUUCCCUCCACAAAUUCACACGACACCUCACUCCCUUUCACAUUAAACUAAUCCCCAAUCGCCAAAUCAUUUCGCCCAAAUUCGUGCUGCACAAACAUGUGACACCCGAAUCAUCAAUGGCUGCACACUGCCCCCACCAUUCCAUCUAUAUAUAUAUGUAUGUAUGCACUUGCAAAGCCUCAAAGGGAGUUUCAGCAGAGCUUUAGUUUUGUUGAGAGAGUUGGAGAAAAGGGUUGUCAAUUAUGGCUACCAAGUACCAUGCCAGGUCCAUUAGUCUGCCUUCUAAAUCACAUCCGAGUACUGUGAAGGUUGAGGAGGAGUUGAGGAAAAUGAAGACAUGGGAGUCUUGUUCUUUCUCUUCUUCUUCUGUUUGUGGUGCUCUUUUGGGAUUACAGGAUUUGUAUGACUCCAUUGAUGAGCUUCUCAAAAUGGGGUCGACCCACCAGAUUUUGUCUUGUCCCCAACUCAAACAGUUGGUGGACGAGUUGUUGGAGGGUUCUAUGAAGCUUUUGGAUGUUUGCAGCUUGGCGAAGGAUAUGGCUUUUCAAACCCAACAACAUGUUGGAGCUCUUUAUUCUGCCGUUCGUCGGAGGAAAGGAGAUUCCGCCAUUAAAACCACCAUUGCUGCUUACACUUGCUACAGAAAAAAGAUGAAGAAAGAAGCCAAAAAGUUAAUGAUAUCUAUGAAGAAGAUGAACGAAAAAUUCAACUCAACCCAAAUGACAAAUCUAGAUAAUCACCUCAGCUCUGUGAUUGGAGCUAUGAGACAAGCUUACUCAAUCAAUAGCUCCAUCUUGGAAUCCGUGUUGUUGUACUUGACGCCAUUGACGAAGCCAAAAGCCCCUGGUUGGUCUCUGGUUUCCAAGUGGGUGCACAAUGGAGCAAUUGCCUGCGAAUCAAAAAGUGGCUUGAAUGAAUUUGAGAGUGUGGAUUUGGCUUUGAGCUCUGCAGUAGAAGAAAAGGAAGUUGAGAAGUUGCACAUGGCUCAGAGAAGAUUGGAGAGUUUGGAAAUGGCAGCUCGAGAAAUUGAGAGUGGCUUGGACGGUGUGUUCAGGAGAUCGAUCAAAACAAGAGCCUCUCUGUUGAACAUACUCUCUCAAUAG